AUGCAAGCUCUGAGAAAACUAUUUUAUUUAGUGUUGCCAUCGGAAUGUAUGUAUCCGGACAUCAAACUUGUGCCCCGUUAUGUGGAAGAGAUGUUUCCGAUAUUUGUAUCGCUAAUCGUCGCUGAAAAUGCUGUCAGACUUUUGAAAGGAAAAUCAAUUUUACGGAUCAAUGAUUCGAUUGCAUCCCUCGGACAGGGAGUCUUUCAGGAGUGUCUCAGGCUAAAUUUGCGGAGUUUUGAAGUAGUGGUCUAUUGUUUUGUAUACGAGAACUUCCGUAUUAUAACAAUGCAAUGGGAUUCCCUAUGGACCUGGUGGUACUGCCUAAUCCUCAUUGACUUUGGCUUUUAUUGGGCUCAUAGACUCGCACACGAAGUCAACUUCAUUUGGGCCAUACAUCAGGCACACCAUAGCGCUGAAGACUUUACACUUAUAGCUGGUCUAAGACAAGCUGUAUUACAACCCUUUACUGCUUGGAUAACAUACGUUCCUUUGGCACUGUCAGGCAUUCCUCCGCCAAUAUUUUUAGCACAUUUGCAAUUAGGAGAGCUGUAUAUGCUAUGGUUGCACACAGAAGUUGUUCAAACAUUAGGUCCGCUAGAGUUAGUGUUAAACUCUCCGAGUCAUCAUCGGGUACAUCACGCACGUAAUAGAAAAUAUGUGGACAAAAAUUAUUCGGGAAUUUUCAUAUUAUGGGACCGAAUGUUCAGAACAUUUGAACCCGAAGACCCCAAUGAACCGGUAGUCUACGGUCUGGUCAAACCAGUGCAAAGUUAUAAUCCAUUUUAUCUACAAAUACAUCAUUGGAUUACAAUAUUUAAGAACAUGUAUCACAUGGAUGGUUGGAAAAAUAAAUUAUUGAUACUAUUUAAAGGACCGGGAUGGGCUCCGGGAAAACCUAGACUUGGAUAUCUCGAUGAUAUUCCUGCCUUACAACAACCCGUUGAAUAUUGGGAUCCGAAGAUACCAUUACUACAGAAAUUAUAUACCAUUUGGCACUUCGCUGUUGUCCUUAUAUUUUAUCACGAAUUAAAUCAAAGACACCAUGAAUUGAAUCAAUUAACAAUCCUAUUAUGUAUUUUAGCCCUAUUAGUAUCAAUUACUUCGAUUGGAUUUCUACUGGAAAAUAAGAAAUAUAGCCUACAAUUUGAGAUCGUUAGAUGUCUAUUAUUUUUUGUGGCCGAACGGCACAUAUGGCCCGUCACUCAAACUAUGCUUCAAACUAUACUUCCGUCGCGUUAUAUAAUAAUCCAAUUGUUAAGAUUAACAUAUUUAUUAUCAGCUAUUAUAUGUACAGUCAUUGAAUUUCAUAGAAUUUCACUUAAAGUAUUAUCAAAAGAAAAUAUGAAAAAAAUGAAAAAAAUCUCAUGA